AAGUAAUUAGUUGAUUGAAAAUGGCGGAUCUAUUGACCGUAUUGCUCGUUGCGUUAAAGCUCUGCGUAUUUAUCCUUUUUCUCCUUAUAAUUGCGUUUACGUUAUACAUACAUUACAUGCAUCUCAAGCUAAAACAUAUCGCGGGGCCGCCAAGAGACAAUUUUUAUUUGGGUAAUUUACUAGCGAUUCGUCGUGGGCGACUCAAUGAAGGCAAAAAUAUACAUCAAACAUUGGCAGACUGGUCGCUUCACUAUCGUCCGAUAUUUGUCAUAUGGUUUUUCCAUGUACCUCUGACUGUGAUAAGCGACGCUGACGUUGUGAGAGAAGUUCUUGUUGUCAAAAAUCUGCCGAAAGAUUAUUUUGGCUAUAAACGCUUUCAGUAUGUUUAUGGCGAGCGCUUCCUCGGAAAUGGCCUAUUCUCGGACUUGAACAUCAAGACAUGGGAGAUAAAGAGACGUACGUUCGCUCCCCUGUUCUACCGAAACAAACUGUUUGAUAGUUUUCACAUCCUGAAUGCAUGCUGUGAGAAAUUUCUCAAAAAGUUGGAAAAAUACGCCGACGGCACAACUGUCAUCUCUCUUGCUGAUGAAUUUCUUUUAGUGACCCUGGAGACAAUUCUUAAGUGGGCUUGCGACUUGCAGUUGAAAGACGACGAGUGGAAUCUAUUUGAGAAGAAUUUUAAGAACGCACUGAAAGGGAUCUCUCUAAGUUUCACCAGUCCUCAAAGUCAAUUCACACCAUGGUCAAGUUUGAGACGUGAAUGCGAGCAAGGCGCUCGAAUCACAAGAGCUGUUGUAAAGCAAGUCGUCGAGAAAAGAAAAAGAAAUGAGAAACGGUGUGACACGCGAGAUGAUCCGUUAUCCUAUGUGUUCAAACUUGAAGAAGCUCUGCCUGAAUGUGAUAUUGAAGAUUUGGUUGACAUGGUCGUUACAAUCGUUUUUGGAGGAAUGGAUACUACGGGCAACAGCUUAUGCUUUACUGCUCUAUCUAUUGGUUUACAUGCAGACGUUGAAAACAAGCUUCGAAAAGAAAUAGAUGAAGUGAUUGGUGAUUUAAAGGAGAUCACAGCCAAAGAUAUUAUGGCAAUGCCGUAUCUCGGUCAAGUUGUGAAGGAAUCGCUUCGCUUGCAUCCCCCGACACCAGCAAUCACAAGAAGAACCAAUUACGAAACUUUCAUUGGAAACGUCAAAAUACCAGGAGAUGUACCUGUUAUGGCAAAUCCGUAUGUUAUUCAAACGCAUCCGGAUUACUGGAAAGAUCCUCAUUCUUUUAAUCCAGAUCGCUUUGCUGAUCCUGAAUUAGUUCAUCCCGCCGCAUAUUUUCCCUUUUCUCUCGGUCCAAGGCGUUGCAUUGCACCACAACACGCGGAAUUGCAAUUGAAACUCAUCAUUGCUCGUCUUUUAAAGAAAUUUAAAUUCAAAUUACUGCCUGGUCAGACUUUGAAGGUUGCUGAAAAUAUUAGUUUUGGCCCUGUUGGAACUGUUCGCUGCACGCUAACGCUGGCGAACGAAAGUUAGAUGACAAAAGAUACAAGAUGCACACUCAAACAUUUGAUAUUUGCAUUAUGUACAUUUGCAAACUUUUCUUUGGUUGCGUCCCUUCUUAACUUUGUUUUGCACAAAUUUGGUGGUCGCCAAAGAUAUUUAAAUAAACUGUUCAUUUGUUGA